AUGUGUCCAUAUAUGAUUCAUAAACUUAUAAGCGGGCGCAAACGAAAACUAAAAUUUUUAUUUUAUUUUUCUUUCAUCCAUUUUCUAGCGAUCAUGUCGAUUUAUAAUAUCUUAUUUUAUCUUAUGGCCAAAAUUAUUCAUUUCAUUUAUGAUUAUAUUCUGCUAUUUAAAUUGUGGAAUUUUAUUUGGAAACGUUUCACUUAUUUUGUCUUUAAUUCCUGUUCUAUUGUGCAAUUAUUUACAAUGCUAUCCGAACGAAAAUUAAAUUUAAACGAAUUUAUUGAAAUCAUCGAACGUAUAGAUCAACAUGAAAGGAUUAUCAAAAAUUUAUCCGAUCGUGUGGAAAAAUUGGAAUGGGAUCUUAAUCGUUGUCUUUGUAAAGGAAGCAAUCUUCAUGAGCAGAUCAAUCUAAGUGACAUAUCGAUUGAUGAUUCGAAUGUCAAGACUAUGGAAGUAAUGAAUAUUCCAAUACCGCCUCCACCACCACCACCACCACCGAAAGAAUUCAAUUUCACUAGUACUCCUAAUCCAGUUUUUGUAUCACAGCAGAAAAUUCAAUUCAACGGUGGCUUUGAUCAAAAUGAAGACGAUUUCGUUUCAAAUAAAAAACAAAGACUAUUUCUUGAUGAUCUAAUUCAACAACGUAAAUUAUUGCGAAAAAUUACUCGAAAUUCGUUACUAGGUAUCAAUGAUCAUCGAAAUCUUAUAAAUCAAUCAUUAAACGAUAUGGUACAGAAUGCUUUGAAACGAAAAUUUGCCAAUAUCAAUCAUUCCAGCACAAUGACAUCAAUGGAUGAAAGUCAAUUUUCCGACCGAAACGAAUUCAGUAUGUAAAUAACAAUGAAAUCAUAGACAACGAUUUAAGUAUAUAUGAUGAUUAAUUUUUUUUUUAUCAAGAACAAUUUUUAUUUUUCGUAUUUAUGAAAUGAAUUGUAAUUUGUAAUUCUUUUACAUUAAACUAUAUAUUUAGAUUUGA